GAAACUGUAACAGAAUACAUUUGCUGAACCGUGUCUAGUAAAACAACUUAACUACGUCAAUCGAUAGAAAAGUUAUUGUUGUUUCAUUUUAUUUUUCAGGGUUCACUGGGAGCUCAUAUUCUCAAAUGAAAUGCUUUUAUGGCAGCUCAUACUCUCUACAGAAAUAUGGCGAUCGGAAAUGGACUUGCUGGAGUUGGAUGUCGAGGAAUAUGUACUGGACAUCGAGGCUGACCUGGCAGAAGAGCUGCAUCUCUUCGAGGUUUACCCGGACGAGAUGGAUUAUUCAGAUACAGAUCUAUGGUGGAUUGACGAACUGAUGCCAGAAGAAGAUUGGUUAGCCGAUGUGAGGGAGAUGGUGGAGGACGAAGACGCUUCUCCUGACGGAGAAGUCGUUGUCAUACGGAUACAUUUCAUUGGUGUAAAGGAAUUUGUAUUUCCAAAACGUAAAGUAAUGGCUUUCUUUGAGUCUUUACUAGGUCAAGAAAUAAACAAAGUUCCUUGACUUUUUGUAACUGUUUUCAUUACUUCCAUGGACGAAUAGCUGUAAUUGUAAUGUAAGUGUUGUGUGUUCAGCCUCCAGAAAAUACUAAAAGUUUGGUAUUUUUUGCAUCUCUAUACAGUCGCUACGUUCGCCUUUCGCCAAUGAAAACUGAAGUAUCGAUGUGAAAAUUAUAACAUCGAAGAAAACAAGAGCAAACAUUUCAUUGAGAAGCUGUUACUCUUAAUUUUAAUUUUAUAGCAAAAUAAUGGAAUAACAUUUUGACAAUAUUGACUACAAAAUGUUCUGAGAUUACUUAAAUACAUGGUGCGAAGCUUUUUGUACA